AUGGUGAGCGUGGCCGCCGAAGCCGCUGCGCGCUUAUUGGCGGCGGGGGCGGGGGGACGCGCGCGGAUGUGGGCCCUCGCGCGGGCGCUGCCGCCGGUCCUCGCCCUUGCGCGGCGGCAGCGGCCGGUGCCGGGCUGGGCCAUGGCCGAGGCUUCCUCAGCGGCGCCGCCGGCGCGGCGGCCCAAGGACGUGCCGCGGCACGUGUGGGCCCGCGAGCGGCGGCGGAGCGCGGGUACGGGCCUGGCGGGGCCCAACACCGUCUACGUGCAGGUGGUGGCGGCCGGGAGCCGCGACGCGGGCGCCUCCGUCUACGUCUUCUCCGAGUUCAACCGGUAUCUCUUCAACUGCGGCGAGGGCACGCAGCGGGCCAUGCAGGAGCACAAGCUGAAGAUCUCCCACCUGGACAGCAUCUUCCUCAGCCGGGUGGCCUGGGCCAACGUCGGGGGGCUGCCAGGUAUGAUUCUCACGUUAAAGGCUAUGGGGCUUCAGAGAUGUGUUUUCCUAGGGCCACCGAAGCUGCAAAACUAUCUGAAGGCGAUUCGACUCUUUCCUGGGCCCCUAAAAAGGAUGGAUUUGGUUGUGCAGUUGCACACAGAGCCUGAGUACAAGGACGAGACGAUGACAGUCUACCAAAUACCUCUGACAGGAAAGUCACUAGCUGCUGAAAAUAUGUCGCCUCAGAGUCCUGGAGCAUCAACCCAAGGUGGAAAUAGCCCUAAAGGGGACACAGGACCUGGAUCCCCAAGAUCUGCACAGCAAAGCUUGGAGGAGGGCAAGGAAAAAGAAAACUCAAAUAAAAGAGGUGAUGAACAGAAGUGUGCAAGCAGGCAUCCCGAUCUGGUGAUGGCUUUCCUUUGUAAAAUUCACCCAAAGAAGGGAAAAUUCCUGGCAGCUAAAGCGCAGGAGAUGGGUCUGCCAGUGGGAACUCCAGCCAUUCUUCCCAUAAUUACAGCUCUCAAAAAUGGAGAACGAAUCACUUUUGAAGGCAGAGAGCUCUUUCCUGAAGAACUGUGCACCCCUACUGAUCCUGGCCCGGUGUUCAUUGUGCUGGAGUGUCCUCACGAGGGCUUUGUGGAUGCUGUCUGUGAAAACGAGACCUUCCGAAGGUACCAGGAAGGACUUCCUGAGAACCAGGUGGCCUUGGUUGUUCACAUGACUCCAGAGUCAGUGCUUCGAGACAGCCGUUACCAACAAUGGCUGGAAAGAUUUGGACCUGGAACUCAGCACUUGGUGCUCAAUGAAAACUCCUCUGCGGUGCACAACCCACGCAGCUACAAGAUCCAAACCCAGCUGAACCUCAUCCACCCAGAGAUCUUCCCUCUGCUUACCACCUACCAGAGCAAGGAAGAAGAGGCUGUGUGUAGCGUGCCCAUUGUGCGGGGAGAGUGCCUCUUGAAAUACAACUUCAGGCCCCAACAGGAGUGGCAGAGAGAUGCUGUGACUGUCUGCGACCAUGAUGCGUUUGUAAGUGAAGCCUUGGAUCUCCCUGCCUUCCAGACUCGUGUGAAGGAGUGCAAAGAGAGCCUGCCUGCUGUACCGGGAAAUGGGAGUGCUUAUCCUGAAAUUGUGUUCUUGGGAACAGGAUCUGCAAUUCCAAUGAAAAUCCGAAAUGUCAGUUCCACACUGGUAAAUACCAGCUCUACCCGUUCCCUGCUCUUGGACUGUGGAGAAGGAACCUUUGGACAGCUCUGUCGCCACUAUGGAGAGCAAGUUGACCAAGUGCUGUGUAACAUAGUGGCUGUGUUUGUGUCUCAUAUGCAUACCGAUCAUCAUUCGGGCUUGUUGAACAUCCUGAUGGAGAGGCGGAGAGCUUUUGCAGCCCUUGGUCAGGCUUUCAGCCCUCUGUUUCUAGUCGCACCUGAACAGAUCAUGCCUUGGCUACACGAGUACCACAACCACUGUGAAGAGAUUCUCGGAGACAUCAAAAUGAUUACUUCCCAGUCUCUUGUGACAGGCUGUGAGAACAUCAAACCUAAAGCCAAAUGGUUUGUCAGUUCUCUGUUAGAGAACUACGACUUGGCUGAGUUUCAGACUUGUGAAGUCCAGCACUGUAAAAAUGCUUUUGCAUGUUCAAUGAUCCACAAAUCUGGCUGGAAAGUAGUCUAUUCUGGUGACACAAUGCCCUGCAUGGCCUUAGUACAAAUGGGGAAAAAUGCCACCCUGCUGAUCCAUGAGGCAACGCUGGAAGAUGGCAUGGAAAAAGAAGCAGUAGAGAAGACACACAGCACAACCUCCCAGGCGAUUCAGACCGGGAUGAAGAUGAAUGCGGAGUUCAUCAUGCUUAAUCACUUCAGUCAGAGAUACGCCAAGAUCCCGCUGUUCAGUGAAGACUUCAGCGAGAAGGUUGGAAUUGCAUUUGAUCACAUGAGGGUACGUUUUGGUGACUUUCCAACCAUCCCAAAGCUGAUCCCGCCUCUGAAGGCUUUGUUUGCAGAUGACAUAGUAGAAAUGGAGGAGCGGAAGGAAAAACGGGAGAUGCGGCUUCUGAAGGAGACUGCUCUAGCCUUGGACAAAUUGGUUGGUGGUGAGAACAAGGAAGUGCCAUGCCCGAAACGGAAACAAGCCAAGAACCAUCAGGAACUACCAAACAAGAAGCUCAAAACAGUAAACUGAAAGAAACAUGGCUGAGAGUGCUCUGCUCUGUAAGAAGGGCCUUGCUCUCUGCAGGCCUCGGGCAUGUGCAGUGCUGCGGGCACCAUGGAAAAAGGGGCUGGCCUCGGCGUCUGGGUUUGCUUGGACAUCAGUGGGUCUCUGUAGGCUGAAGCUACCACGCUGUUAGCAGCACCAGUCCUUGUGGUGACAGUACCUGCCAUACAGUUCCCGUUCCUGGGUCUCACCAGCCCACAUGUCAUUUUUCUUUUAGCCAAAAGUUCUUCUCUCUGAACUGUUUUAAUUUUGGGUUUUAUGCUAGAAGCUAUUGAUAGUGUAACAGCAGCAACUGUGACCUUUGCAAGAGAUCAAGUUCGAGAAGCCCUUGAGGGGCCGUGGAUUCGCCAGAGUAAGGCGGGCAGGUCUCUGGGUUAUGAGGAAUUUAACUGGGUAUCAGAACCCGGCUCAUAGGAGGAAAUUUCACAAUAAAAUGGGACCCAAUUUAUUUUUAGGUUAAUUUAGGGGUGUGAAUGCUGCUGUGUUCCCAUUUUAUUUUGGUUUUCUCAGCUGAUUUUUUUUUUUUCAUAAGAUGGGUUUUCCAAAACCUUUAUUUAGAAUCUGAAUAAACCACUGAACAUUGUA